AUGAGUUUCACUUGUUUUCUUGUAGGACUUGUACAAUUAAUCCAUGUGUCAGUUAAUAUAUCUACCACUGUCUGUAUUUAUGUAGCUCUCUGUCUCUUCUACAGUGAUGGGGACACAUCCAGCCCUGAUGUUCUUCCUGCUGUUUUCAGCAACUCUGUCUUCCAGCUGUGAUGGUGGGAAAGUGCUAGUUUAUCCUAUGGAUGGGAGCCACUGGCUUAACAUGAAAAUCCUUGUGGAGGCACUCCAUUCAAGGGGCCAUCAAAUCACUGUGUUACGUACCUCCACCAGCUGGUACGUUUCUGAAUUCUCACCCCAUUACACCUCCAUCACGGUCAUCCAGGAACAACCUCAAAUCCUCGAAAGCCACGCCUCCGUGACCUCUUUCAUGAAGAGGUCUCUUGAGAGUCGUCAGUAUGAAGGCUCCUUAUGGGCAUUUUUUGAAUUUUAUAGCAACAAUUUCAACAUGGUUAGAGAAAAUCAUAAAGCUGUGGUAAAAGUAAUCAACAGCAUCUUUGAGAAUAAGACAUUGAUUAGGGAGCUGAAUGAAACUGGAUAUGAUCUUUUCCUGACAGACCCUACUUUUCCAGCUGGAGUGAUUUUGGCACACUAUUUCAAGCUUCCCUUGGUUCUCAAUGUUCGCAUGCUUUUCAGUGGGGAUGCACAAUUUGAGAUCGCUCCAUCUCCAUUGUCCUAUGUUCCUGCAAUGUUUUCCCAUUACACUGACAAGAUGGACUUUUUUCAAAGAAUCAAUAAUGUAAUCUAUCACGGCAUGUUGGUUUACAUGCACUACUAUAUCGCCAUUCCACCAUACCAGCCUAUAUGCGACCGAUAUUUGGGUGAGGUCAGCAUUACAUCUAUAACACAAGAAGCUGAUCUCUGGCUAAUACGGGUUGACUUUACAUUGGAGUUCCCUCGUCCCACCAUGCCCAAUGUUGUCUACAUUGGAGGCUUCCAAUGUAAGCCUUCCAAGCCUCUUCCACCAGAUUUUGAGGAUUUUCUGGAGAGUUCUGGUGAACAUGGGGUAAUCAUCAUGACCCUGGGGACCUUGCUUGGUGACCUCGGCCCUGACAAAUCAGAGAUCAUUGCCUCAGCGUUUGCCAGCCUUCCUCAGAAGGUUGUGUGGAGACAUGUUGGGAAAAGACCAGUCUCUCUGGGAAACAACACUAUGCUGGUUGAAUGGCUGCCUCAAAAUGAUAUACUAGGCCACCCUAAAACAAAGGUUUUUAUCACACAUGGGGGCACUAAUGGCCUCUAUGAGGCCAUCUACCACGGUGUUCCAGUUUUGGGCAUUCCUCUCAUCUUUGACCAGUAUGACAACAUGGUGCGUAUGAGGGCCCGGGGGGUGGCUGAGAUAGUUGAAGUGACAACACUGGAUGCUGAGUCUUUCACAAGCGCUCUGAAAAAUAUUCUCAACCCAGAAAAGGCCUACAAGCAGAAUAUGCUCAAACUGUCACAGCUUUAUCAUGACAAACCAAUAAAACCUCUUGACAGCGCAGUUUUCUGGCUGGAGUACGUCAUGAGGCACAAGGGUGCAGCACAUCUGCGCACUGAGUCAUAUAAGCUACCAUGGUAUGCUUACUAUUGUGUAGAUGUGAUGGCAGUCUUUGUAGCAUUUGGGUUGGUCAUCACUGCAUUGUUCUGGGUUUCCUGUAGAUGUUGCAUAAGAUGUUUGAUGAGGACCAAGAAGCCCAAGCAAGAAUAGAUUACAUGACAAAGAAAGCCUGGCACUGUGUGAUCACCCAAAGUAAAGUGUUCUAGAACCUGUGAAGUAGCAGGGGGAUAAUGUGAAAGUAAAACCAACUGUAAGCUUCUAGGUUGUCAUUGCUUUUGUAUGUCACACAAUCGUUAAUCUUCAUUUGAUAUGCAGUUGCUCAAAUAUUCAAUCAUGUUCCAAGUUAUAGCUGCCUGCUGUUUAUAUCAAUGUGAGAUGCAUCUGUUGUACAACAAGAGUGAAAAAUAUAUUUCUCAGGCCAUGUCAGGUUUGGAAUUUCAGACUGAAGAGGCUCCUUGGUCAACUUGUGAAAUGUAACACUGAUGAUGAUUUUUGUCAGAAUUCAUAUUUGGUGGUUAAAGAGCACCACAAAAUUGUUUUGUAAUUGCAAUUUAUUAAUAAUUUCUGUCAAUCAUCAUGCAUUUUAUGCUGUAAUAAAUGCAACAAAGGCA